CCUAGGAUAGGACCACGGGGAACAGAUGGUUUCUUCCCCAGCCGUCCGCCAGCCAUUUGUUAUUCGCUGCUUCAAUCCCAAAGAAAAAUAAAGUACACAAUGGCAUUGUCUUAGCAUGCCGGUUUCCUCCAAUAAUAGCUUAUCCCAGACAUUCCGAUGUGCCUGCAUCGACAGGGCAUGGUUGCGUCGCUGGAUGACCGCCGCUUCUGACGAGUUUGUCACAGAAGCAAUCUGUCCGUGAGAACCCAGUAAAAGAGAUUUUUCUAGCUCCCUUCGCUGUUUCUCUUAACCUCGUCCCCUCAAACCUAGUGUGUUUACUAAAUUGGCUUCAAAUGCACCCAUGGGAUGUCACUACCAUCUCCAGCACCGCCCACCGGCAAUCGGUUUGCGACUGUAACGAAGACGGAUCAUGGAGCCCUGAUCUUCAUCGCAGCUAUUCUCGCCUUAGUGUUCUCCUUCCUGGUCCUCUUCGUGCGCUUCACAAUCGUUAAGUGGCGCCGGUGGGGUCUUGACGACUUAGUCCUCGUCUGCGCCGAAACUAUCGGCCUCGGCCAGUCGAUUUGCAUCUUCAUAUCAUAUCAUCAUGGGCUGGGGAAAGCUAUCUCGAUUGUCGACGUUGGAGACCUUGCGCACAUGGCAAAGGGCUUCUUCGCAAGUCGGAUCCUCCUCAUCCUCGCCCUCUGUCUUGCGAAAUGCUCCCUCCUGCUCUCGAUCCGAACGAUAUUCACCGUCGACCUCAAAAAGCAAUGGCUGACUAGCAACAUCACCAUCGCCAUUGUCUGCGCCUGGGGUGCAGCGUCCGCACUAGCAGUUUCCGUCAACUGUUCACCCAACUACGUCGUCUCUGGUCCGCAGCACGUGCAAUGUCCUAAUCAUAUAAACCGGCUUCGAGCAAUCUUCAUCCUAGAGGCGAUGCUCGAGUUCACGAUUGUGGUUUCACCGACGAUAUUCCUCAUCGGCUCCAAUAUGGCGUGGUCGCGCAAGGUACUUGUCGCCGUCAUCUUCUCUCUCCGCCUUCCCACCGUCGCAUUCAUCAUCGUGUACCUAGUCACCUCGACGCGCUUCAUCUCAAACAACAGCACCGGCGUAGGCAUCGCGGAUGUAGCAGUCUGGCAGCAGGCCCUACUGGGGUACUCAUUAAUGUCGGUAACGAUACCGAUGCUCAAGAAAUUCGUAAACGACUUCACCACAGGUGGUAUGGGGUUCAGCAAAACCCCUCACGGCACCCAUAAUGGCUCGUCCCAGAAUACCAGGCAACAAUCGACUGCAUUGGAAUUGAGUGUGUUGUCCAAGAACUCACGCGCGACAGUUCCACUCCCCAGUAGAGCAAUCGAACCAACGAGACUAUUGAGGCGGGCGCGCUCGGCAUCCCACGUGUCAGAGGGCAUAGCGGGGGAUUUUUCGUCUGUGGAGUCCUACGGUUCUAGGCAGAGGAUCAUUCAGUAAGGCGUUCAAGUUAUUGCGACCGCUUAACGAAUUGGAAAUUUCGGAGUAUGGAGUACGGGUAUUACUGAAGGAAGGCUUCAACUGUCUGGACUUUCGGGGUAUGCACCAAAUUAUUACGACUGUUAUGCAAUGGAGGAUUACGUAGGAGUUGUACGGACGCGAUUGAACUUGUAGUCGAUUGAGCCUCAAGGGCUGACAUUCAUAUCUGGUCAACCUUGUACCUCGUAGGUCACUUCCUGUCUCCUCCGUUCUGAGGCACCUGUAUUAUAGAUUUGACCAAUCAGCUUUGAGAGUUGGGAAAAUCGGCGCUACUUCUGCCUCCACGUGAAAUACUACCUAGCAAGUGUACUGUGUACUUCUACAAUCAUUUGGUACAAUAC